GGCCAUGCGUGCUCCACCCACUUACACACGACGUGCGCAUUCGCUUGACCUUGUACGAGACCAAGUGAAAGAAAUAUAUAUACACACACACCGUAUACAAACCACAGAGCUCUGGCAAGUACAAGUACCACCGGCUUAAGCAGAGAUCGGUUGUGCUUGUUCCCUUUCAUUUCUCGUGCGAGUUUGGCUUCGGGAGCAUCUGGGAACAUGUUAGGCACCGUGAUACUAAAGCAGUGUGGAAGACGAGUGUUUUCCACCAGUACUCGAAGCAACGUCAACCGAGUUCUUGAGAAGCAAAAGUUAUAUCAGGCGAAUGACCACCCAGUGCACCUGAAGGGAGGAAGUGGAGACCGUCUGCUCUACAUGUUAACCAUGGGCAUAACCAUCUUCGGUUCAAUGGGGGUUGUCGGAAGCCUCGUGUGGAUUGCCUUUCCUCACAACAAGUGAAGGCGUCGGCGUGAAUUGCAGACAACUCUGCAACUGCUCACACAGACAACAGAUGUGCACCUCGGUCACUGCUCUGCCUCUUGCACCAGUUAGUAGCCACUUAUGAACAUUUAUUGUUUUCGUUGUGUUGAAAACACCGCUGUCACUUGGUAUUAAGGUUACUAUGAGCUUUUUAAAAAAUGCCUAAUUAAUAUAUUGUUAUAUUCGAUUUUUGGAAUUGAGGCAAUAAAGACAUUUCAACCAUAA